UUUCCGAGUCGUGCAUCUUACGCCGUGUCACAGUUUCUGCCGCAGGCCCGCCAGUGCUAGUGCUCCGUGUUGGCCUCGUUCCAUCAUAUAAAAUUAGCGAUACCCAGUACAAUUUCCGUUAUAAGUUCGUUCUUCACUGGAUUGCCGGUGACUAGUUAUACUGUCGAAUCACCAUCACUCAACGAGUGAAGCUGUAGAAACUAGUCAAACUCACAUCCCCCUUGCGACGCCCCUCCUCGUUUUCUGGUUGAAGUGUCCGUCACGGGUGUAUGUAUAAAUCUGGCCCGUCAUGGCUCAACCAGGAGGACAUUGGCACCCCAAUCCACAGCUCAUGCACCAACAUUCUAUUCCACAGGGUUGGCAAGGCACCUGGCCCCCACCAGCCGGCGUUGCUCUUCCUCCAAACUUCCCUGGUCCACCACCUAUGCCACCUGGCGCCAACACCCACCCCCAUUGGAAGGCUGGCUUCUGGCAGUAUAACCCUGCCCAUAACAUGAAUGCAGGUCCUGGUGUUUCCCUGGGCACCCGGAAUGGGCAAGCCCGAGCUAUUGGAGGACACAGCUCACCGAAAAUGGUCUUGGUUUGGAGAACAUGGUCCGUGCGAGGUGCAACAGAUCGAGAUCGAGAAUCUACCAGAGAUGCACAAGGGGAUGCUGCGCCACAAACUCCGUGGAUAUGGAAUCCUCCGAGUCUGUUACCGACAGAUGGAGCAGACCGUGCUACCCCGACAAAGGCCUUCAGAGAUGGUCGGAGCUCGCAGGAUAGUAUUCGGAGUAAUUCGACCCCGACCAGUUAUGGGCCCCCACAACAAAGAGGUUCACAGGAUAGCCAUAACGCUACAAGCACGGGCACACCUGUACGAGACUAUUUUUAUAGUCAUCCAGCCUCAAGACAUGGUUCUCUAGACAGCCUCAGCUCCCGCUCACAGGGGCUGAGCCAACAUUCCAUCUCUUCGGCAACUCCGCCACCACCAUCACUCGCACGGUCGUAUAGGUUCGAUUUAUUCAAAUCGGACAUCAUCCGGACCGCAAUAUGUGCCCCCCUUUCCAGCACCGCCAUCUUCAUCUUCGUCUACAUCAACGGCUAUGUCGUCAUUGGCAACUCGCUCACAACAGCCUCUUCAUGCGCCCAUGUUCACGAGAGAGCCAGAGUCAUUUACGACCAGACCAGACCUUCAAACGACAUCCUCAUCCAAUGUUGUGCGGACCCCCUACACACUAUCAAGUGACACGCAGACAUACGGAUGAAGCUCUCGACCAUCCGUCACGCUCGUUUUCAGCGCCUAGCGCGAGCGCGAACACUUCAGCGUCUGCUUCCCGUGGGCUUUCAGUGCCGGAAACCCGUUUCGCGGCAUCAUUCACUCCCAACCACGUCCUCACCGUCCUCUAUUGGUUCGC